AUGCAGUCGCUGCCCGUUAACAUGGCCAGUAGCUCCAAGGAGCGCCGCCUGCUGCGCACGCCCAAAUGUGCGCGCUGUCGCAAUCAUGGCGUCAUCUCGUGCGUCAAGGGCCACAAGAAGCUGUGCCGCUGGCGCGAAUGCUGUUGCCCCAACUGUCAGCUGGUCGUCGAUCGGCAGCGCGUCAUGGCCGCCCAGGUGGCACUGCGACGCCAACAGACCAUGGAGGCGCUGGAGGCGCAUGCCGCCGAGCCGCAGUCCAUUGCCAGCGAUGAGGAGCCAACGCCGACGCCAACGCCGCCCCAUUCGCUGCCAAACAUAGCUGUUGGCUCCACAUUGACCACGCCCACCAAAUAUAGCACCAUGGCAGCCAAUACGCUGCGCACACGCCAGGCCCUGAUCGCCCAGAAGCGCAUCUACAAGCAACGGCUGCGCAAUCUGCAACAGUCCACAUUGCACAUUACCGCGGCCAUAGAAGAGUACAAGCAGCGCUUUCCCACGUUCAAUUCACCGUUGCUGGAACGCAUGCGCAAGCGACGCGCGUUCGCUGACCCGGAACUGAACUAUGCAAUGGAGACAACGCUACUUGGCAGCUCCGCCUAUGUUGCCAAAUAG